GAAAUCGAGUCGGCAAGGCAGAGCUAGAGUGGGCGGGACUUGAGGGACUACGGGGAAGUAUUCGAAUUCGGCGAAUUUAAAUCGCGGAAGGAGUGGUCGCUGCGGCCCAGUAGCUGUCAAGGGGAAGUUCUCUGUCGAACACAGUCAUUAAAAUUCUAACCACCGUAACUAAGUUGGAUCACAAACAACCAAAUGAAUGGAAGCGUCUGUGGUCUGGGAAAGUCCAGAAACAUAUAGGCUACAUAUGACGAUAAUUUACUAAAACAUCAAGCUAUGAAGAAAAACUCCAAGAGGAACAACAAUUCAAGAGUUUCUAACAUAGAAUCGAACUCUGUGGAUACUGAGAGGAAAAAAGAGAGUCAGAAUAACUUUGUGGAUCUGCUGCCUCCAGAAGUUACUUUUAAAAUUUUCAGUCAGCUGGACGUCCAGAGUUUGUGCAGGGCUUCGAUGACUUGCAGGAGCUGGAAUCAUGUAAUAAGAAACAACGACUCCUUAUGGAAACCUCACUGCCUGACUCUGAGAGCCGUGUGCCAAAGAGAGAUCGAUGAUGAUGUAGAAAGUGGUUAUCCUUGGAGGGUAAUACUCCUGAGGAAUUACCAGAAGAGUAAAGUGAAACAUGACUGGCUAAGUGGCAGAUACAGCAACAUAUGUUCUCCUGUUAGCCUACCAGAAAAAAUCAUGUACCCGAUGGAUGCGGACACAUGGGGGGAAAUUCUAGAAGCAGAAAUGGAAAGAUAAGCAGAAAAAUCACACACAGAUCUCCUAACUUUGAGAGUUUAAAAGCAAAAUGACUCUUGAGGUUGUGAAAGGUGUAUCUUUAACCGUCCACUUUUUGGUUUGCCUUUUUACUACUUGGCAUUUAAAAGAAAACUAAGUAGAAAAUGUAAAAAUUAAGCUUUGUUUUUAUUGUAUGCUUUAGCAAAAAAAAUGUUUCUGGUUUAAUUGUAAUGUGGAAAAAUCAUGAAAUAUUGUUUAUACUGUACUGAUAGACUGAUUUCAGAAUGUACUAUUUCAUGUAUUCGUGUUAGUCGGUUGCAGUGCAUUCAUGACAAGACAGUUCAAUUGGUGCUUUUUACUUAACGAUAAUUUGAAAAUUCAGGAAGCCAUUUGAAGAAACUGACUUAGAGAUUUAGUAAUUAGUAGACGUAACUAGGUUCAUGGGAAGACUCCCUAAAUGAAAUUAGUAGCGCUAUGUUUAAAUGUAUAGUAAAUUUAUAUUUCAGUAACUUUAAAGUUUUCAUUUCUAGGGAAUCGAAUUGAACUGUCAAAAGAUUGAAACCAUUUUAAAAAUGUGUUAAACUUGUGGUUUAGUUUAAAAUUAAUCUGACAGAGGGCUGAAACUUGAGAUUAAGAUUCCCCAUUACUUGCCUACAAACCUGGAAUUGCUCUCAGGGCUGAAAAUAUAUGGAGAGUUUCCAGAGCACUUAACUGCCAUCUAGGCCUCCGACCAAUUUUUCUUGAUAAAACGUAUCAUCUUUCUGACAGCCUUAGAGCGCCAUCUAGUGUACUACCGGUACAUAACCACGACAAAGGACUUCAACUCCUUUUUUCCUCCACUCUCAAAAGAAAGAAAAAUAUUAUUUUAGACAAACCUACAGACUUGACUUUGUUGAAGUUUAUUGCUUUAUAAGAACCUUUAACUUUUUUUCUCUUUUCCUUAAAACUAGGUGAUAUAGUACUCACUGUACCCGAUUGUUCAUUUUGAAUCUGUGGUCAGCACCAUAGUUAAAAGUGUUUACAAAACAUUGUAGUCAUUAUGGGUUUUUCUCCUUAAAUUGUGCUCGACAGCAUGAAAAAUAGGAGUCCAGGAAACCAGGGUUUAACGAAUAGGCAAAUAUCAGAAGGCUGCCCCACACUAUACAAACUCCGUUUUGUUGGGUCAAGUAGGCAAUGCUUGAUUGUCGCCUGCUGUCUUCGUAGAGUUGGAAGGCGCCUUGAACAUCGGGCAGUCCAGACUCUAAGACUGUCCUGUAAUCCCACCAUGGGAACGUUCUUCCUCUCACCCAUCAUUAAUUCUUUUCUUGGCAAACUCUUGUAAAACUUAUCAUCUUGACCUGGAAACCAUCCUUAACUUUUACCGUCCUCAAUUAAGUGACCCCGACCCUUUUAGGUUUCCUAUAGUUCUUUGUGCAUACCGUUCUCAGCACUGUCAUACUACCUUAAAUUGUCUGUUCUGUUUGUCUGUCUCCCCUUUUAGACUAUGAGCUUUUUACACUUGAUCUUAGCCAAAAGGCCAAGAAGCAAUGACUGAGCUUUUCAAUGGCAGGGACCAUUUAUUUAUUUUUGUAUUUCCAAACCUGGAACACAGUAGAUAUUCCAUAAAGAUGUAUUAAAUUAUUUCUUUAUUAUUUAUUUUAAUCCUACCAAGAAUGUAUAAUAAAAAUAAUUUAUCAUAUUGUUAGUGGACAAGAUUGUAUUGAAAUGCAAUGUACAACCCAUAGAAUAUAUGGGAAGCUUGAUAUGAAUGCUGACAUGUGAAUUAUUCUUGUCUUCUCCAAAGCUGUGAGAGAAAAACAGGAAAGUAAACAUUUUUAAAAUUUUUUGAAUAAACACUUGAAAAUAAA